ACAACCAGGUGUGACAGCUGACUGAUUUUAAAGAACCUACAGAAGUCUGAUGUUCAUGCACAGGUUUCUGAGGAUCACUGAGUUGUUGAAGCUCAUCAGGCUGUGGAGAGUUUUUAGAAUCUUCAGGAGUUCUGACUCUGAUCUUCAGACGGAACAAACAGGAAACGGCAGCAUUGUUUGACUCCACAGGAUCGUUUCACAUCACGGGUCAAACUGAGGACAGAGAAACUGAAUGAAGUUAACGUCAGGAAGUUUACCUUCAGGACAACCAGAACCUGGAGAACUGGAUGAAGAACUCUGUUCUGUGGACUGAUGAGACGAAAACUAAAUGCUUGGAGAGCCGAGAACUCUACAUCCCAGCAGAAGAACCACGUGAUGGUUUCAUGUUUGGGUCUGUGGAGCUGCGUUUGGACCAGAGUUCUGCGCUAUGAGGUGUCCGAGAUGCAGGUUUCCUGGCAGUGAGAAGAAAACUCCUCCAGAGUGACGGGUGGAGCUGGAUCCAUCUCUGCAGGAGGAACCGGACCUUUGGAGGAGGCUGAACACAGAACAUGGAACCGAGAUCAUGAAUGAUGGGGAACUACAAGGAACUACAAGGGACUACAGGGAACUACAAGCCUCCUCGGCGUGCUGCUGCUCUCCCACUCCUCCCAGUCCACCUUACUGGGCUGGGUGGAGUCUCCUGGUUAUCCCAGCGGCUACCUGCCUCACAGCAGCAUGAACUGGAGCAGGUGCGCCCCCAGAGGCCACGCCCUCUCCCUGCGUCUGCUGCACCUGGACCUGGAGGACAGCCAGGACUGCGAGAACGACGCCCUGAAGGUGUUUUCCGAUGGGGGUCUGAUCUCCGUCCUUUGUGGGAAAAGAGACUUCGAGGAGCUUCAUUCUUCGGUGAAUCCGUCUCUGGUGUCGUCUUCGGGCGGCUGCCUGUCCAUCAGCUUCCACUCCGACUUCUCCAACCCUCGGAGACACACUGGCUUCAAAGGCUUCUACACGGUCCAAGACUUCGACGAAUGCGAGGACCAGAACAACCAGUGCUCCCAGUUCUGCCACAACUUCGUCGGAGGAUACCGCUGCUCCUGUCGCCACGGUUACCUCCUGGCCGACGACAAACACACAUGCACCGUGAGCUGCACCGAGGAUCUGUCGGGUCAGAACUCUGGGGACGUGUCCAGCCCGUCCUGGUCCGGUUCCUAUGCGGAGAACGCCAACUGUGUGUCCACUCUGUCUGUGGAGAACCACCUGCAGCUGGAGCUUCACUUCUCCAGCACGUUCGACGUGGAGCAGAGUGCGGACGGAGAAUGCAUCGACGCCGUCACGGUGGAGACUCCGUCCGUCACCCUCGGCCCGUUCUGUGGUUCCUCUCCUCCCCCGUCUCCCCUCCUCACCCACUCUCAUCACGUCCGGAUCCGGUUCACCUCCGACGGCUUCGGCGCCAACAGAGGCUUCUCUCUGCACUUCAGGACCCGAGAUAAGGUGUGUCCUGCCGUGGUGACAUCACACUCGAUGGUGACGCCUCAGAGGGCAGAACAUCAUCAGGGCCAGAUGGUGACGGUGGCUUGUGAUGCUGGAUACGUGGUGAACAGUCAGGGCGUCCAGACUCUGACAUCACAGUUUGAGGCGACAUGUGACAUCACAGGUACCUGGACUCCCGGCUACACCUGUGAACCUGUGGACUGCGGUUUUCCUGACGUUCCAGCUGAUGGAAUCCUGCAGCUGGUCGGAUCAGAACCACCUCACACUCAGUACAAGGACCAGGUCCAGUUCAACUGCAGCUCUAAGUACUACCGGCUGGACGGAGACGACACCUACACCUGUAAUGCCAGCGGUGAAUGGAUGUCCGCUGACGGGACGACGGAGCUUCCAGAAUGCACUGCAGUGUGUGGACAACCUGAAAGCUUCUUUGCUAGUGCAGGCAGAAUUUUGGGAGGUCAGAAUGCAAAGCUGGGACAAAUACCGUGGCAGCUUCUGAUAAAAAGCCCCAACAGAGGAGGAGCGUCUCUGAUCAGCGACCGCUGGGCUGUAACAGCUGCUCACGUUGUGGACGGAGUUCCGGAAACGUCUCUGCGUCUGUAUGGUAGUUUAGUGGAUGCAAGAACAUCCAGCGGGCCGGGCGUCGCAGUGCUGAACAGUAAGAGGAUCAUUAUCCAUCCUGGAUACACUAAAGGAACUCACACUGAACGCACCAACUUUGACAACGACAUCGCUCUCAUCAGAUUCAGCUCCAGGGUGAACUUUGGUCCAAACCUGCUGCCGAUCUGCCUGCCAGAACCCGACAGAGGCAUCUGGGAGAACGAGCAGGGAACCGUGUCUGGCUGGGGGAUGACGGAAAAACAACACAAAGCAGCUUUGUUAAAAUAUGCCCAUAUUUCAGCGUACUCUCUGGAUGAAUGUCAGCGCACACCGACCACACUUUCCAACAAAGCCAUGACGUUCACCAACAACAUGUUCUGUGCCGGAGCUACAGGAAAGGACAGCUGCCAAGGAGACAGUGGAGGUCCAUUUGUCCUGCCCAUGUUGUCCUCAGAUGGAGGACCUUACGUUCUGGGCGGCAUUGUGUCCUGGGGACCCCCCUGCAGGAGUGGAGAUAAUAAGGGCUACUACACCAAGGUGGAGAACUACGUAGAGUGGAUCAAACACACCAUGAAGACAGAAGACGGACCUUAGAGAAACUCUGAGCUGCAGCCACAAUAACAACGCUUCUGGAAAUCAAAUGUACCAGCAUUUACAACGCAAUCACAUAUUAUAAAGUGCUCUGAAAAUAAAGGAAAUAUCUGCAAAUCA